AUGGACCGACCAGUUACUUGGGACCGAGGAAGAACAUCGGGCUUGAUAUCUUUACCAACCGGACAGCAUGUUUUUGUGUCUGUGUCUGGUCCCGACCGGCAGAAGAAUCAACCAAUCAUCCUGAUUAUCCCAGGCGUGGCCUGUAGUAUCACGGAAUGGGUCGUCGUUCGUCGACUCCUCCAACAGACUAGUCGCGUCCUAGUCUAUGAGCGCUCCGGCAUGGGCGCCUCGGAGGAAUCCCCUUUGCCACGAACUGCAUCGAAUCUGGCCCGCGAGCUCAAUACUCUCCUCCAGGUGCUCCGCAUCGGUCCUCCAUACGUGAUUGUGUGUCAUUCCUAUGGAGGAAUUAUUGCGCGGGAAUUCGUCGAACUCCGUCGAGAGGAAAACAAGCCCGAAGAUGGAGUUGCGGGAAUUGUCUUUGUCGAAGCCAACCAGGAGAAAAGCAUUGCUCUUUGGCCUGACCCCGAUCUGGAAGCCAUGUCCAAGGGCAUCAAUUGGUAUGAUACGACGGGCCUUGAGAUGGACCGCGCAUUGACCGACUCUGAAUGGAAGGCAGUCACCGAUGAGCGCAAUAGCAUCAAGCAUCAGCGCGCGGCUGAACGAGAAAUGGAACACUACAUUGGAAGUUGUAUGGCUCUGGGGGCCAAGAGUCAGCUCGGAUGCAGGCCCCCAUUCCUGGGAAAUCACCCCAUCAGUGUACUGCAGGGCUAUCCGGAGAAAGAUCUGCGCCGAGUCUUUGAGGUUGCAGUCGAAAGGGGGAAUGGCUCAACCGAGCAGAGACAGCGGGUGGAAAACAAAUUGAAGAUGUACCCGGAGUUGAACGAGAAGUUCCAGCGGGAGAUUCUUACCCUGUCCACCCAGCACCGAUAUUCCGAUGUCAAGGAUUGUGGUCAUUCCAUCCAUAUCGUGGAGCCGGAGGCUAUUUCUGACGAAGUGGAGUGGGUGCUGAAUAGGCUCUUGAUUACGAAGGAGACAUAG